UCCAUUUUUGAUAUGUUUACAAAAUUUUGACAGUAUGUCUCAACGCCUAUACCCAAGCAUGGAGCAAUCAAAAGUUUCUCCCUCGUUCAACAGGGCACCAAGUGCACCCUGGAUAACACCGGAGGAGUUAGACAGACCAACAAUGUAAGGAAUGAGGAUCACAAAGGCAUUGAACAUUCAAAUACCAACCACCUCCAACGGCUACGUCCAACGAUCCCUACAAAGCCUCUUGGCAGCCAAUGGCCUCGACUACGGCGUUUAUGGCUACCUCAUCCAGCACUGCACCGACCACAGCCUCGUCCGCCAGGCCAAGCAGCUCCAUGCCCGCCUCGUCCUCUUCUCUGUUAUACCCAACAACUUCCUCGGAUCAAAGCUCGUCACUUUUUACUCCAGAUCAAAUCACCUUCGUGAAGCCCGCCACAUGUUCGAUCAAAUUCCCUGCAAAAACACAUUCUCUUGGAACGCUUUGCUCAUUGGCUACUCUCAUCAGAAUAUGCACUUCGACACGCUGACACUUUUUUCGUCUCUGGUUUCCUCUAGUUUUAAGGAUGUGAAACCGGAUUGUUAUACGAUUUCGUGUGCUUUAAAGGCAUUGUCGUCGUUGUCUUUUGAUUCAAGGUUGGCCAAGGAGGUUCAUUGUUUUGUUCUUCGACGUGGGUUGGACUCGGAUAUUUUUGUUGUCAAUGCCUUGAUUACGUACUACUCGAGAUGUGAUGAGAUUGGCUUGGCGAGGACUGUGUUCAAUAGGAUGCCCGAGAGAGAUAUUGUGUCGUGGAAUUCAAUGAUAGCAGGGUAUUCUCAGGCUGGAUUUUAUCAGGAGUGUAAGGAAUUGUAUAGAGAGAUGUUAGUUUCAGCGGGUUUGCGGCCCAAUGGGAUGACAAUUGUCAGUGUCUUGCAGGCGUGUGGGCAGUCGACAGACCUUAUUCUUGGCCUGGAAGUUCAUCAAUUAGUAAACGACUGCCAAAUUGAGAUUGAUGUUUCGGUUUGUAAUGCCAUUAUUGGGUUGUAUGCAAAAUGUGGUAGCUUGGACUAUGCACGAGAAUUAUUUGAAGAGAUGGGUGAGAGGGAUGAAGUCACCUAUGGAUCGAUAAUUUCAGGUUACAUGGUCCAUGGUUUUGUUGACAAAGCAAUGGAUCUUUUCCGAGAAAUGAAAAACCCUGGAUUAAGUACAUGGAAUGCUGUGAUUUCAGGUUUGGUUCAGAACAACCGGUAUGAAGGAGUUGUAGAUUUAGUUCGAGAAAUGCAGGCAUGUGGUUUUAAGUUAAAUGCCGUAACACUUUCGAGUAUUCUCCCUACAAUUUCAUACUUAUCAAACCUAAAAGGGGGGAAUGAAAUACAUGCUUACGCUGUUAGAAAUAAGUAUGAUUGCAAUAUUUAUGUUGCAACUGCCAUUAUAGAUACUUAUGCAAAAUUAGGGUUUCUUCACGGGGCACAACGGGUUUUUGAUCAAUCAAAAGGUAGGAGCUUGAUAAUUUGGACAGCAAUAAUCUCAGCAUAUGCAGCCCAUGGAGAUGCUAAUAUUACUCUUUGUCUUUUUAACGAGAUGCUAAACAAUGGGAUUAGGCCAGACCCGGUAACAUUUACAGCCGUAUUGUCAGCUUGUGCUCAUUCUGGAGUGGUAGAAGAAGCUUGGAAGAUCUUUGAUACCAUGUUUACGACGUAUGGCAUACAGCCAUCAGUUGAGCACUAUGCUUGCAUGGUAGGUGUUCUUAGCCGAGCCGGGAGACUAUCAGAAGCUGCAGAAUUUGUCUUUAAAAUGCCAAUUGAACCGACUGCUAAAGUUUGGGGUGCAUUGCUCAAUGGGGCUUCUGUUUCUGGUGAUGUUGAACUAGGUAGAUUCAUCAGUGAUCGUUUGUUUGAGAUUGAGCCUGAAAACACUGGGAAUUACAUUAUUAUGGCAAAUUUGUAUUCUCAAGCUGGGAGAUGGGAAGAAGCUGAUAAGAUCAGGGAAAGGAUGAAGAGGAUUGGGUUGAAAAAGAUCCCAGGCAGUAGUUGGAUUGAAACAAGUGGAGGAUUACAAAGCUUCAUAGCCAGGGAUGUAUCAAAUGGAAGAACUGAAGAGAUAUAUGAAAUGUUGGGAGGAUUGCUUGGGUUAAUGAGAGAGGAAGGAUAUGUUUUGAGGGACGAGUUAGAUGAGGAAAGUGUUUGUAGUUGACACCAGAUCAUCAAUAUCGAAGAAAUUAUUUCAAAAUAGGGUUGCGCUGACUGGUUUAAUGUACAACCAUGCAUUAUUAGGCCAAAGUGAGUCACAUUGUUUGCUCAACUUCUGAUUUGGAUACCCAAUCGAUAUAGCACCUGGAUACUUAGCAGUGGCAAUGUAUGGAGUUCGGAGUAUUGUAGACAGAAUUGAAGUUCUAAAGUGUUCCAUUUUUGUGUAGAUUAGUUCUGUGGCCUGGCAUGGAUGCUUAGAAGUUGUAACAAGCGGUGCUCCCAGAAAAUUUAGGGAUAUUUUUUUUUUUAGGAAACGAUUUGUUGAUAUCAUAUCUCAUAAGCGAGUCAGAGAACUCUUAACACUGAGCGAGGCUUCCAUAGGGGGCCUGUUUGAUUGACCCUUCAUUAAAAACUAAAAAGCUUUGGUUGCAAAAAUAUGUUGAUGAGACUUAAAAUUUCUAGCUAACCCAGAGGUCAAGGAGAGCCAGAUCUAGGACUACCCUGAAAAUCAAAAUGAAGUCCGUAUUAGAGGGAUUGCCUGUGCUUGACUGGCAAUUUAUGCCUCUAAUGUGGUAAAUUUUGCAAUAUCAGUGAGAGACAAUCUCAGCUUCCUGCGUGCUAAUUUGCUAAAUGCCCUUUGAAGUGGCUGAUGCUUGGUGAUUUAUAGACUGCUGCUCUUCGGGAA